GCACACUUUAAUUAUUUUCUCUCUCUAUCUCUCUCUCUUUCUCUCUUCACUUCUGCUCUCGCUUAGUUUGGUCUAAAAUUAAAUGGCACCAAAAGGAAAGAAACCAAUAAGAAGAAAAACUGCAAGAAGAAGAGGAAGAAUCAAGAACCCAUCUUCUCCAUGUAGUAUCAAUAGUGACGUCACUUCAACGUCAUCAUCUACUUCAAUCUCCCCAACUGCCACGUCGACAUCGCCGAUUCCAGCCAGUGGAUGUUGUACUCCGAAAUCUAAGAAGUCACGAAUACCGGAGAUGCUGACGUGUCCACCGGCGCCGAAGAAGCCAAGGGUGGCGCAGAACUGCGGUUUAAGUAGGAGACAAAUCGCUUUCUUUGCUCCUCCAGAUGUAGAGCUCUUCUUCGUUUUCGCACUUGGUCAACAAAUCAAUAAAUAAGCUAAGUUUAUGAUUAGGGUUUUGCGGUUAUUAUCAUGGUAUGAUCAAUAUAUCUCAAGUUUCUAGAUUCAGAUACAACAAUAUUGAAAGUAUAUUAUAGAGAGUGUAGUGUGAUGUUUUGCUUCUUUUUUUUUGUGUCUUAUUUUGCUGUUUUCCCCUCUUUGGUUCCUUUUUUUUGUUUUCGUAUUUUUUUUUUGGAUAACUUUGAAUUAGGUGGGUUUGAAUUUGUGGUAGGGUAUAAUUAAUCAAAUACCCUAUCCCUUUUUUGAAUUAGUUUUUCUUUUCUGUAAUUUAUUAUGUUUUCUGUAAUUGAAUGAUGCUUGCUAACAUUUCAGGCUUGUUAGCUUUAAUUUGCAGUUUUGUUUGUAUUCUGGUUUGAGUUAAUUAAGAG